AUGUCUUUGGAGAUGUUUCACAUGAUCUCUCGUGUGAUCCGAUUUGACAAUCGUGACACCAGAGCUGGUCGUCGCGAGAGAGACAAACUUGCAGCGAUCAGAGAUGUUUGGGAUAAAUGGGUCGAAAUCCUGCCUUUAUUGUAUAAUCCUGGCCCCCAUGUUACUGUGGAUGAGCGCCUCGUACCAUUCAGAGGACGCUGUCCUUUCCGACAGUAUAUGCCAAACAAGCCUGCGAAAUAUGGCAUUAAAAUAUGGGCAGCCUGUGAUGCAAAAUCCAGUUAUGCAUGGAACCUGCAAGUAUAUACUGGAAAGUCACCUGGAGGAGCACCUGAAAAGAAUCAGGGAAUGUGUGUGGUAUUGGAGAUGACUGAAGGGCUGCAAGAACUUGCCAGUGAGAUUCUGAAGAUGCAAGGAAGACCUCUGCAUUCCUCAAAAUUUGUUUUCACAGAGAAAACAACACUUGUUUCUUACUGCCCAAAGAGAAACAAGAAUGUUCUUGUGAUGAGCACAAUGCACAAAGAUGCAUCUCUGAGCACGAGAGAGGACAUGAAGCCACAAAUGAUCCUGGAUUACAACUCCACCAAAGGAGGAGUUGACAAUCUUGACAAAGUCAUAGCAACAUAUAGCUGCCAGCGCAAGACUGCCCGUUGGCCCUUGGUGGUUUUCUACAACAUUGUGGACGUGUCUGCUUACAAUGCCUAUGUGCUGUGGAUUGAGAUCAACCAGCAGUGGAAUGCCAGCAAACUGUACUGA